AUGAAGGGAUCCUCCCCCAAGACGCGCGCAACCUCCUCCGGGCCCGAGGACGCCCUGCGAGCUAAUCCUAAGGAGACUGACCGGCCGCGGGCCUCCACCAUGGUCGAUCUCGACGACCCCAUCCAAGUCCACCUACUCACCGAAACAGCACUUUUCGACAGCCGCCGAUACGAAAUCCUAUCCGAGGAGGAAGUUGACGACCUCAAGAAACAGUGCCAGUCCAUGGCCCAGCGUAUCGAGAAGACCCGCGCCAACCUCGCCGUCCAGAUCAAGCGGACGCCUAUCGGGAGCCAGGCGAGCAACCGCGAUAGUGCGGAGCAGGCGGAUCUAGAACGCCAGGCCACGGAGAGGCGCUGUGACGAGUUGGCGACUGAACUGUGGAAUCUUGAGCGCCGCAUAAUGGAGCCCCAGCGACGCUUGCUGGAGCACACGGCCGCCAUAUUACAGCUUACCCACAAGGGAUCGAGCAAGAAACAGCAGCAGUCUAGUGUGCCCGUCUUAAACGGAAUGCCGGGGAGCCCCGAAAGCCUUUACACGUACUCCAACGGCCGGUCGAGCAUGGACAUCGAUUUCCAAACCCCUAUAGAGAUUCCCCUCAAAUCUCCUAUCCGAGAGCAGACCAAUAAGCUGCGCGAAGAAGCCGACCGCUUAAAGCAGGAAAACGACCAACUUAAGGCCCAGUCCGACGCAUUUGGGCUCGAGGUCGACGCCCUGCGGAGGGAAACCUCGGAUAACGAACGUGAGAUUAGCGACCUGGAGCGGAAGCUAGAAACCCUAAACUCGUCUCUUCGCGAUGUCAUCGUCAAGUUCAACCCGUCCAAGAACUCUAAUUUCCCCGAUACAAUCUCCGCAGUCAGGCAGGAGCAGGAACAGGGCCAGUCCCGUUCACGCUCCGUUGAUGAAGAAGCGUCUACAGCGAUCGCCAUGGCCCAGGCCGAGGGUCGCCUCGAUGCGCUCAACAACCAAAUCACCGAUCUCCUGCUCGGCGGAGGAGGAGAGCUUGAGCUCGAUGAUCGCAUCAGCUACCUUCAAUAUUCUCUCCGUGUCGUAGAGGCGGAAUUGAUGCAGGCCGUCGAUCGUGCCAACAAUAGUGCUCGGUCGGCCCCUAGCGGCGGCGAUGAUCAGCGUGUGCUAAGGGAGCUCUGGGACAUGGUUCAGGAUGGAUUCUCCGAGCUCCGACGGCAGCGAGAGGAUCGCAACAAGAUACGCCAAGAAAAGGGCCUCGAGGACGACGAGGACGAGAUGGCCAUCUCCAAACUGACAGAGCACAAGGCCGUGCUCAAGAGGCAGAUCAAGCAGCAGCGUGAGCUCAAUAACAAGUCGAGCGGUGAAAAGGACAUAGAGCUCCAGAACAAGGAUGCCGAGAUCGAAAGGAGGAUUCUCGAGGCCAGAAAUAAAGAGGACGAGCUCCAAUCCAAGCUGGUUGAGCUGUCUGCUACUGAAGCCGUUCUAGCCUCAAAGGAUGCAGAACUCCUCGAUCUCGACAAGAAGGUCUUUGACUUGGAAGAGAAGCUCAGCGACCUCAACAUGGAACUAAGCGAAGCCCGUAGCACGAGCAGCGGUACUCAGGCCGCCAACCCUGAAGAGCUCGAAGCCAAGGAUCGUCGCGUCCGAGAACUCGAGGCCGAGCUAGUUGAGAUGCAGCAGAUUCUCGAAAAGUCCCGCGGGGACGCUUCCCAGACGCAAGGCAUGCUCGUUUCGGCCCUGCGCGACCUAGAUACGCUUGAAGAGAAGACGACGAAGCUAGCAGCGCUGGAGACGAGCAGCAAGGAUCUCGAGAGCCGUCUCAACAUGACGGAGGCGAGCCGCAGCGAGCUCCAGACGCGCAUGGACGAGAUCGAUGGCAAGAUUGAGACGCUUGAGGAGCUCGACGGCAAGCAGCGCGAGAUCAAGGAGAAGAACGACGUGCUCGACAGCCUCAACAUGAUGGUCGUUGAGCUCAAGACGGAGCUCACCAUUGCCCAAGCCGAGCUGGACGGCGCGUACGGCUCCCGCGCCGAGAGGGCGGCCGACGUCGCCGCGAUCAAGAGCAAUGACCAGGUGAACGAGCUCCACACGCAGAUCGACACUCUCAAGACGGAGCUCGACCAAACGCUCAAGCAGCUCGAGGAUAUCACGCGCGAGACCAUUACAGCCGAGCGCGAGAAGCUCGAGAUCGAGGGCAGGCUGGACGACACGAUUGCCGCGCGCGCCACGCUCGAGGCCGAGAUCGAGGAGCUCCGCCAGCGGUUGGACGCCGAGGUGCUCGGCUCGCGCGAGAAGAUCAACAAGCUCCAGGAGGAGCUCGACACUCAGAGGCUCAAGGCCGUGCCCACGGGCGAGGGCGGUGCCUCGCGGCCCGGUGCGGGCGCGUCGAUGCUCAGCGAACAGUUUAGGGCCACUAUGAGGGAAGAGAGGAAGAAGUUCCAAGAAGACCUGAGGGAAGAGCAAUCUCGGAGGAGGAAGCUCGAGGAAGAGCUCACUCGGCUUCGAAAGGCAGCGGGACCCGGCAAGAGCCCCUCAGCCCGAAAUAGAAGACCGGGUCAACUUGGUGACCGAGACUUGCCUCUCCUUUCCCCCUCACCUUAUGAAUUUGACGCUACAGCGACGAAUGGAAACGAACAGCCAGACACCCUAAACACCCUCACCGUCAUGGCGCGAUAUCCCGUCUCCUUCCUGAGCCCCAUCCUGGCCUGA